GCCUUUCACAAUCAAUAUCUUCACUCUCGUUCAAUUUUCCCUCUCUCUCUCUCUCUCUCUCUCUCUCUCUCACUCAUUCGGUUACAGUUUCUCUCUCAACAAUACAUACGAUUCACAUGUUUCUAUAGACAAACCUCCUCGGCAAAAGUGCGGCGGCGGAGAUGUCGAUAGCCUUGCAGCGGAGCAACUCAGGCGGCGGCGGGGGGCACCCGAUCGACGGGCCAGGAUUCGUCCACCGCGAGAUGGCUUUUGCCUCGUACGAUCCACCGGCCGAUCAGCGGUCGCCGGAGGAAGAUCGAAGCGGUUCGUUGUCAUUGUCAUCCAGUUCUUCGAUCGGGAAGAACAGUGACGAGCAUCACAGUGGCGGCAGUGAUGAGGAGGAGGUGCAGAGUCAAUAUAAAGGAGGGCCGUUGGACAGCUUGGAUUCUCUGGAAGAAGUUCUUCCUGUGAAGAAAAGCAUAUCAAAGUUUUACUCUGGUAAAUCCAAAUCAUUUACCAGCCUAUCUGAUGCUGCAUCAAUCCCCUCAAUGAAAGAAAUCACGAAACCAGAAAAUGCUUAUACAAGGAAACGCAAGAACCUGCUGGUCUUCAAUAACUUAUGGGACAAGAAUCAGAAUAGCAUUAUGAGGAAUCGCAUUGGUGGAAUAUCAAAAAGACCGACCAAUUCUAGAAGUAUGUUGUCUCUUGCCGCUAACAUGAACUGCUCUGAAAGCAAUAGCGGCGAGACCUCCAAUUCAAAUCCAUCGCCACCAGGUUGCAGUCUUCCUCCUUUACCACCACAUGCUAGAAGAAGUAUGAAAAGUGAGCUGUCAUCAUCACCUCCUGUUGAUAAGUGUCCUUCAUGGCGGUCUUUCUCCUUAUCAGAUUUGCAAGGUGCUGCUGCUGAAGCUGCUACUCCCAGUGUUGGUGGCUUAUGGAGCAAUAACACAGUGAAUUAGAAUAUAUUUAAACUGUGUUUCCAUUUCAUAUCACCCUAUGAAUCUAAACCAUGAUAGAUGUUCGUGGAGGUGGAGAUGUUUGUACCAUCUUCUUGCUUGUGUUCAUGCUUCGGAUCCUUCUAGUUGUUUAGGCAUCACUUGUUCCCUUGCAUCGUUAGAGUGUAAACACUGAAAAAUAUAAUUAGAGUUUGCAUCUGACUUUGUUUUGUUAUAUAUCUGAAUAAAUUCCCGUAGUCUCUUGGCAAA